CAAAGACAUAACAUAUGCAGUUACCACCCGGAGAUAGGGAACAGCAUACAAAAAAACAAUUUAUUGUGAAAUUGUAGUGGCAUCGGUUCAAAAUGGUAAAACAGAAUAUGAAAUCGAAGAACGUCUCAUCAGUGUCCAAGUACUAUGCCGGAAAAAAUGUUUUCAUUACGGGUGGGACUGGCUUUCUUGGGAAGGCCCUUAUAGAGAAGCUUCUAUACAGUUGCAAUGAUAUUGGCAAAGUGUUCAUGCUGAUACGGGAGAAGAGAGGUGUUUCUGCUCAAGACAGAAUAAAAAGCAUGCUUGAAACUGAGCCAUUUGCACGACUUAGAAACGAGAGGCCCCAAGACUUCAAAAAGAUUGUUCCUGUAUAUGGUGAUCUUGUAGCUGAUUCACUCGGAAUUAGCCCUGAGGAUCAAGAAAUGCUGUUUGAAGAGGUGUCCGUUGUUUUCCACUUAGCAGCAACAAUUAAAUUUAACGAACCGUUAUCCGUUGCUAUGAAAGUUAACGUAGAAGGCACGCAGGAAGUUCUGAAAUUGGCGCAAAAAAUGAAGCAAUUGGAAUCCUUCGUCUACAUGUCAACGGCUUUUUCAAACACAUCUCUGCAGAGAUACCACGUGGAAGAGAAAAUGUACCCUCCACCUAAGCCUAUGGACGAAGUUUACGACAUGAUUAAAAGCAACGACCCCAACGAAUGUUUUAAUUCCGAAAUUUUAGAUGGUCGCCCAAACACAUACACAUUCACAAAGGCACUUGCUGAAAACUUUGUUGUUGAUAACCACGGCGACAUACCGUGCGUAAUCGUUCGACCGUCAGUAGUAACUGCUGCCUUAAAAGAACCCGUCGAAGGCUGGAUUGACAAUUGGCAAGGCGCAACUCCAGUCCUCUCCCUCAUCGCGAAAGGGUGGGUGCGAUGCCUCUACGGUGAAAAAAUUAACAACUUUGAAAUCAUACCCAUAGACUACGUUGUGAACCUCACCAUCAUCAGUGGUGCAAAUUGCAAGAAAUCAAAGGAUGUACCCAUCUACCAUUGCUGCAGCAGUGGAAGUAACCCAAUCACAUUGAAGGAAACAUCUAUUUUAUACACUGCGGAGAGCGUGAAACAUGGAUAUAAUGAACUGCCACUACCAGGAAUGAUAUUUUCAAAAUCAUCAUGGAUUUUAUUCCUCAUGACGCUCAUCUUUCAAGUAAUUCCAUCAUAUUUGGCUGACUUAUUCCUUUACGUUAUUGGAAAACCAGCAAGGUACGUCAAAAUCCAAACCAAACUAGCAUCAUACCUGGAUACUAUUCGUUUCUUCAGCUCACAGUCAUGGAAUAUCACUAACGACAAGACGAGAGGUCUCUACUCUAGUCUUAAUUCUGCUGAUAAAAAGCUCUAUCCCUGUGAUGCGAAUCUUAUAGACUGGAAACAGUAUAUCCCUAUCUACUUUAGAGGUGUCAAACAAUUCCUGGCUGAACCAGCACAGAAGAAAAGGCAAUGAAGUAGACAAUAAAUUUCAGAAAAAUCUAACAAUUUAAUGUUUGUACAAUAUAGAUUAAUUUAUUAUAAGGUAAUAUUUAUCUAUAACUAAAAUAUCUAAGCUAUUUUGUUAAUAAUGGAAAGCAUUUAUUGUUAAUAAAUAUUUCCAGGUUUUCAUAAUUGACCUUCAACUGAAGUUUAUAAAAAGGACUCAAGGUCAUUCAUAAUUAGGUCUAAGCGCUAAGUAUUACUCACGUAUGUCAAAUCCAAUUUGUCCUACGGGAUUUAUACUUACCGCUAAUUCUUGACUCUGAACAUUACUUGUACUUUUCUUAUGCUUUGUUCAGUUAUAGUUCUCUGAGCCGAGCAUUUAUUUAUUAACACUUCCAUUAACAUAAUACAAAAAGAACAGAAUUUAAUGAAAAGGUGGGCAAAUGUCGCCCUUACUCUGUCGCGAUCUCUUACAGGGAGCUGUGAAAAAAAAUGUAUUAAAUUAGUUAAGGUAAGUAAAUAGCGCAAAAAUACAUAAUUCAUAUUAGACUAGACUAAAAAUAAGGAUACAUGAAAAAUAAAAAGUGCACAUGAAUAACGACAAUUUUAGAUCAGUCUAACGCCUGUUAGUAGUUAGUACGAAAGUGAGGGAUACGAUGAGGACAGGUUAUGUUUGUACAGAAGAAAUGUAAACGAAGAUGGAGAAGGAGCUAAGCGAAUAGGGGUGAAGUGAAUUCCAUAGCCUAACUACAGAAACCUUAAAGGAUUCGCCAAGAAAAGAGGAGUUUACUGAGUACGCGCUAAGUAAAAGCUCUUACGUAUGUUACUUUUAGGUUUUUAUUCGCCUCUCAAUCAAUAUUAUAAAUCCUCAAUCAAUAUUAUAAAAGAUCCUUCCCUAUCAAAUAUUAUAAACUGAAUAAUAUUAGAAAUAUUGAUAUGAUGGUAAAUAGACUCUUAUAUACCCUUUAUACCUAUUCAUGCGUGCUUUUUCAUAAGCUUUAUUAAAUAUAAGCUUUAUUUGGUUAAAACUUUAUUACUUUCAUGGAAACGUUUUAAAGUCAAAGUCAA